GUCAUUCUCGUACUUAUAUCCGAGGCCAUGAUGAGGGGAGGAAGAUGGCCAAAAAACAUUUGGAGGAGUGUCCUCAAAUCGCUAUGGGCAAAUCGGUCCAAGAUAGCAACCCAGAACAAGAGCAGGAGCGGAAACCAGCUCCGGCCAAGGCUACGAGUCCGCGGGGUUUUCCUAUCAAUAAGCCACCGCGGAUUCAGUUGGGGAGAGGAAGAAAUAAGAAACAAAGGCAGGGUGGAAAUAAAAAUGGCCACUGUCGGCUAGAUGCGGAUGGGAGCAAGGGUCGGAUUUCGCUUGGCGGACCUAGCGCUGGUCAAGCAGAGCUGAAAAACAACUCGCCGGACAUCCUCAUUGAAACUCGGCGUCGACGGCUCAUUUUGGAAUCGGACUCCGAUGAUGAUUCCCUGGCAAUUGACCGGGUUCCUAAAAUGAAUGGGCCAGGGCCCGCAAAAGUUAGGGGGCCUGAUUCAAAGCUCCCUCUUCAAAAUCGGGAAGGCUGGGCUAGAGUUAAUACCCGCCCAGUGGGAGAUAUGAUGGAUGGGCGUGAUGAUGGGCCUGCGACAGAGGCUGGGCUUAUUCAGGGCCAAGCAGCCAACGGCCCUAAGUCACAGCAGGCCCGACCCAAUAAAAGGGGUAAGCUGCGCAAGGCCCAGGGUGCGGAAGGAAUAGCUGGGAGACAAGGCGGCCCAAAGCAAGUUAAAGAGGUGCAGAAUGGGCCCGACGAAUUGGGGGGGCAGUUGGGCAGUCACAGGAGUCCGCUCCCAAGGCUACUGUGAUUAAAGCUCUAGUUUCGGAUAAUUCGGAGUCUGAGGAGGAUAAUCAAUGUUUUGAAAUUAA